CAUGCUCGCAAACUUAUCAACAUCCGGAAUCCAAGCCGGUGGAAAUUCACCGAGUACCCUCACAGAAAUGGGUAAAUUAUUGAGCAAAAGCAAAGGAAGUAGGAGAAACUGCGCUUAUGAGGCAGUUAGCGGCACUGAGAGAAACAUGGCAGAGGAGACAGAUAGCACCUGUCGGUUACGCCAGUACUCUCCUAUACACACUGAGGCUGUCACAAGUUUAGCUGCUGUGCACCCUGGAGCUGUUAUUACAGGGAGUAAAGACCAGUCUGUGGUUUGGUAUGAUUAUGAUAAUGGCAGUGAGAUAUCCAGAUGGAAUGGGCAUGACAAAGAAGUCACUAAGGUUGCUUAUGCCCAUCAUUUGAACAAGGUGUUCUCAGCCUCCAGAGACAGGACAGUGAAAUCAUGGCAGCUUGGGCAGUCCCAGCCACAGCACACAUUCCAGGGACAUGAACUGGUAGUCACAGCUCUAUCUCUACAACCCAUGGACAACAGUCAGAUGAUCUCAGGGUCAAGAGACAAUGCCCUGAGACUGUGGGAUUUACAAACUGGGGAUUGUCUCAAGGAAAGUAAAGUGUCACGGAACCUGGUGACAGAUAUCAGUUGGGCCAAGAACAUGGACGCUGUGGCUCAGGUUGGAGAAGACAAGGAACUUAAGAUCUGGGAUCCAAGAACUCUGGAAGUGGUCCACUGUUUUCAGCGUAAACAGUAUAUUCAAACAUGCUGUGAUCUUACAGAAGAUGGAAACUACUGUCUCACAUGUAGUAAUGGGUUCUCUGGAAAUGGGUGUGAAGUAACGCUUUGGGACAUGAGAGCCAAGAGCCUGGUUUGUGAGUACAAAGGUCACACUGAGACAGUGGGAGCCUGUAUGUUUCUCCCUGGGGUAGCAGACAGGAGUUUGAUAGCCUCUGUAUCCAGUGACUGUACUGUCAGGAUAUGGGACAGGGAAACCACAGAAUGUGUAGGACAAGAAGUAAUAGCAGGGUCUGGCCCUCUGACCUCUAUGGUGGCAUACCAUGAUGGAAGUAUAUGUGUGUCCAGCUUCAAUGCAGGUAUACACGUCUUUUCCAUAAAGGAGGAUACAAACGGACAACUGAGCUUAGAGAGACGAUUCCAAUUCUAAAUAUUUUCACUGGCCAUUGAGAUGAACCUAAGAUAUGAAGUGGUUGAUAUUCCCAGUGAGGUGUUAGUCUUUGACAGGUGCUUGCUGCUUAAUAUGGAGAAAUUCUGUUUACACCUACUUCAGCACUGCUGCCACAAAGAUGAUAUGUACUGUUUGUUUACAUGGGAGUGUUUAAACUCGUACUAGAAAAUAAUUAUUGGACCAACAUCAAAACGGUUUGUAAAACAUGUCAUUGAACGUGUAUCAUAUCUUUUAUUAAA